AUGGUUUUUCUGCGUUCUUCAUCUACAACAUCACCUUCAACAUGUUGUAUGGAAUAUGCACGCGUCGUAUCGAUGAAGGAAUUGGAUUCAAGUCUGGCAAUGCUUUCCAAUUAUAAUCAAUCAACCGCUAAAGCACAACGGCGACAAACUAUCGCGUCGUGUAUGGGUGUGAUGAUAACCACUUUGAAUACAGCAACAACAUUGGAUGUACUGAAUCAUUCUGGAGUUCUGAUUACUCCACCAACAACUCCGGAUACCGCGCAAGGUAAUGCCAUACACAGGUGGAGCGCUUCGUCGAUUUCGUCGAUUGUUUCUGGAGGUAUUCAGUCGUCGUCAUCCUCACUGCAUACAAGUCAGCAGUCUAGUAUGUCAUGUUUGGGUUUCGGUGAAAUGAAAAAAAAAAACAAGUUAAAUCCUAAAACAUCCACCAGUGUAUUCCCUGAUCUUAUCGAAACUAUGAGGGCAGCAGCAAGUACAUCAACAACCGGUCAAAAUGUAGUACCUAUUGAUAAUAAAAUUGAACAGGCCAUGGAUUUGGUCAAGACCCAUCUAACAUUUGCUGUCCGCGAGGAAGUAGAGAUCCUACGCUCCACAAUUGUUGAAUUGGAAGCAAAAGUUGCACAAUUGGAAAGCCAAAAUCAAGUACUGAAGCAAUUUGCUCCAGCAGAAGUAGUUAAUUCAUUGGCAGUACUUAUACAGCAACAGCAACAAAGACAAUUGCAAUUACAACCGCAGCAACUCUCCUCCGGUGCCACCUCACCCAAUCCUGCACAGUCUCUUUCUGUCCAGAAUAUGCCAGUAUCAGUUCAAGGUACCCAGAAGCAAUCGAUGCCUACGGUGACAUCUGAAAUUUCCGUUGGCCCAACUUUUUUGCCAGGUGUUGUUCCUUCUGUUGGUUUGUUAUCCGAAGUACAGUCAAGCGUAGAGCAAAAGCAGUCAAAGCAACUUCCCGUCACUGAUAGCACCAUUGAUUCCAACAUACAGUAA